AUGAAGAUAUGGUCUGGCUUGCAAGUACUCUGGCAGCGGGAACCCACCGGCGCCUUCACAGUACCCUCCGUCCUUGACCAAGCCAUCAUUCCCGCCCUCAUCAACACCGCACUCGGUACCAAUGCGCCAGAUGACCGGAGACAAGAUUCUGUCCUAGAUUGCUACAAUCUCGUCGCUGCAUCCUGGGACUCAUUGGGCCGCCCCGAUAUAGCGACUGGUCUUGCCAUCCCGCUGGUUCGACUUGCGCAUUUGAUAGCCAGCGCAGGUGCUGUACUACCAAAAUGGCUGACUACAAAUCCGCGUGCAAACAGACUGGUUUGGCGCGCGAAUGCCUGCUUACCCAUUGGCGAAGAAGACAUAUCGUGGCGCUACAUCAUCGAAGCCUCUCGGCAAACCGAGUCGUCUUACUUUCCGUUGCUGCACCUCUAUACCUUGCUCAUUAGCCAGAGUAUCGCACAUUAUCCGGCUCCAGUGCCGUACCCGACCAGACGCCAUGAGAUCAUGAACCUAGUGGUUGAGCGUUGUUGUGCGAAAAUUGGCGGCGGUGGAGCUGCGUGGAAAGGUAGGCCGGACGAUGAGCUCAAAGAUGUUUUGGUUGGAGUAUACGGCGAACUGCGAAGGUAUCAACUAGAAAAAGGCAAGAUUAGCCUUCGAGGUCGCGACGGGGAGGAUGCAGUCGUAAAGGGCAUAUGGGCUCUCGCUAGCUGGGGCAGCGGACGAGGUAACCCGCGUUGA